CAAGACGCUACUAUUGAACACAUCAACGCCGCAAUAAUACUCUACGAUUUCAUGAGACGACGACCAUUUACACUUACAAAGUCAUACGCUGGAAUCCUUUAACAGACUGAACAUAUCUCACUAUCCAUUGCAAGGCCAGGAAGCCCGUUCCUGCGCACUAUCACCUGCGACUCAACUUAUAUGCAUGGUAGCUUCCCCAUGAUCGCGAGACGUCAAGCACCCGCUCAUGCUCAGGUAUGAUGACGAGCUCCUUACAAUUGCGACACGAUCAGGGAAGACAGAAGGCACUGCUGCCACAGGGCGACUGGUUAUAACGAACCAUACACACCGUCCUACUCUUUGUUGCAAAUUUUUUUUUGGCAAGAGGGUUCAUUACACACCGCGCAACCACCGCGCCCACGUUUCCGUGGCCAUUGCCACUCCUACAAUACCCAUUAGGCGCACACUGCUACACCAGUACACAUGAACGCCCGCUAGCCUGACCAGCUCCCACCCCCCCGACAAAGACUGCGCACGCAGCGCAUCCUAUAUCUGGCUAUGGACAAGGCGGCCCAGCAGCACGACGGCCCAGCAGCAGGCAGCACCGUGCCACCACUGGCGCCGAAACUCGGAGCGAACCUAAUACUACUACAACACGAGCAGGAGGCCGGGACCGCGUCCGCCGCUUCGGAGGCGCCGCCGCCGCAGCGACGCAAAGAUGACAGCAUCAGGGUGGUUACGCCAGAACCGACACACACGCCCGCCGGUGGAACAGGGGCAGGGGCGCCUGACGUGGACGUGGCGUCACAGGCAUCGCCGCGCUCGAUACGGGGAUUGGAGAAGCCGUGGGAGAGACGCCGGGGGCUAGUCUUUGAGGAUGCGUUUGAGACGGGUGAAUCAGGCGGGCUGCAGCAUACCACAUCGAAUGAGAGCGAUGUAGACGAUGUGUCGAAUCUGCCAAGGACGAGGCCGAGGAACCGGACGAUUGAUGGGGCGCAGCAGCAGAGGCGACCGUCGGGGCAGCUGCCGCUGAGGAGACAUCGAACUGGGUCGACCUACUCGGGAUUGGGCAGCUCGGACGAAAAUAUACCGAAAGAGGACCCGAAAUAUCUAGCGCACCCUUCGACUGCGUUCCGCUCUGCUCAGUCGCAACGAGCUGACUCGGUUAAGAAGAAACCUCCGGUGGCGGCAGGGAGGUUGUAUAGACAGUCGAAUGCGAGUUCGCGGUCAGGAUCUCCGAUUCCAUUUCCGGCAUAUGUCGAUACGCUGCCUGUGCCGAUCGCUACUCGCGAUGCUAUCAAGGUUCUCAAACUCAUGAAUGGUCUCAAUGGGCGCAUGAAGGGAGAGGUCGAAUACCAGACCUCGGGGCAUGGUUCAUGGGCUGGGGGAGUUUGUUAUAUUGACGAUAAGGGGACUUUUCUAUUUGAGGGUACUGAGAGUGGGCCUAAUCACCAGACUAUUGUCCCAGACCUGAGGGGGUGCCGAGUGAAGCCACCCAUAGAAGAAAACGAGGAAAAUAUCCUGGACGUUAGCAUCGCGUCUGGAAUGCGGCUACGGCUGCGGCCACUUGAUACCUCGCAGUAUGAAUAUUGGCUGGCAGCAUUAUUAUCGUGGCAACAGAACCAAGACGGAUCAAGCGCCUCCAGUUCUGAGGCAGGGGAAUUGAGAUCGGUUAGUCGGCGGCCCAGCUUCAGCCAGGCUAAGGACAUAAAUAUCAUCAAGGUUGGAAGGGUGUACUUGUGGGAUAAAGGCACGUCUCAGGCAGCUGCUGGAGGUCGUCAACGCGCUGAUCGAGCGUGGCGGCAAGUCUCGUGCAUAUUGCAAGAUAAUGGAGAGUUGAAGCUCAUGACGGAGAAUGACGUCUCACUACUGGCUACGAUUCAGUUAUCACAGUUGUCAAGAUGCGGCAUUCAGGAGCUGGAUAAGACGGUUUUGAACCAAGAAUACUGCGUUGCGAUUCUCCCUCAGUACACGGCGGCAGCGACCUCAAUAUCUAUUGUGUCGCCGGUAUUUAUUUCCCUGGAAUCUCGGGUACUCUUCGAAGUGUGGUAUGUCCUGCUACGGACGUUUACUGUGCCGGAUAUGUACGGGUCUCAAAUUUCCGCAGAUGGCUCAGAUGAUCCAGACUCCCUCGUCAUCCCUACACCAGAUGACCUCUUUCGAAUUGAAAAAACCCUCUCUAUCCGGACCGUCGAGGCCAAACUACGACCAACGGGCAAGAAACCCGAGCAACCCGUGGACGGGCGGCGGGGACAUAAAGCCGAGCCCGACCCAUCUGUGGGAGAUUACUUUGCAGAAGUUGUUCUUGACGGAGAAGUUCGUUCAAGGACGACGACAAAGUUUGGGACGAACAAACCUUUCUGGCGCGAAGAGAGCGAGUUUGGCGGGCUGCCUGCUGCGCUCCCGGAGAUUUCGAUUGCUCUCAAGAGGAUGAAAUCGAAGCCUCAGCCUCAUCCUCAGGUUCAUGGGUCGAAAUCUUCUGUUAGCGUUCACACCCCGGAAAUUGUAUGGGAAGUCCUAUGCGGCAUCGUCCACAUACGCAUGGAUCAACUGGAUCGCGGCAAGGAUGUGGAGAAUUGGUGGCCGGUAUUGAAUGAGAAGAAGGAAGCAAUUGGCGAGAUGCUGAUACGGGUGCGCCAUGACGAGCUCGUUGUGUUACUGUUGAAGGAGUACAAGGCUCUAUCGGAUCUCUUGCAUAAGUUUACCUUGGGAUUGACGCUGCAGAUGUCCCAAUAUGUGCCAUCCAAGCUCCGCUUCCUGGCAGAGACAUUGUUGGACGUGUUCCAAGUCUCUGGGCAGGCUCAGCAGUGGCUGGUAUCUUUGGUCGAGGACGAGAUUGACGGCAUCAGCAAAGAAACGCCGGUUCAGCGCUUACGGUUCAGUCGACGCAUGGGCUCGAACGAUUCAUUUGAUUCAGUCAGCGACAGAGAGGUCCAACUCCGUGACAUGAACAAGUCCCUCACAGGCGAAGCCAAUCUCCUCUUCCGCGGCAACUCCCUCCUCACCCAAGCAUUAGACUUCCACAUGCGCCGUCUCGGGAAAGAAUACCUCGAAGACCUCCUCGGCGACAAAGUCCGCGAAAUCAACGCCAUGAACCCAGACUGCGAAGUCGAUCCCUCCCGCGUCGGAGCCAGCGAAGACCUAAGCAGGAACUGGGCCACCCUCAACGCGCUCACCAGCGAUAUCUGGGCCCACAUCUCCGCCUCGCACAACCAAUGUCCCGCGGAACUGCGACAGAUCCUAAAGUACGUCCGCACCGUCGCCGAGGACCGAUACGGCAACUUCCUCCGCACCGCACCUUACACCUCUGUCUCGGGCUUCCUCUUCCUCCGCUUCUUCUGCCCCUCCCUCUUGAACCCUAAACUCUUUGGCCUCCUGCGCGACCACCCCCACCCGCGCGCCCAACGCACCCUAACACUCAUCGCCAAAUCCCUCCAGGUCCUCGCCAACCUCUCCACCUUCGGGCAGAAGGAAGCCUGGAUGGAGCCCAUGAACCGCUUCCUCGCCCAGAACCGCCAGACUGUAAAAGCAUUCAUCGACAACAUCUGCUCCAUCCCCGCCGACCGCACGCGCAUCCCCCCACCAGCAUCCUACUCCACGCCCCUCGCAAUCCUCAAACGCCUCCCCAUGACCUCCCGCGAAGGCUUCCCCUCCCUCCCCUACCUCAUCGACGAAGCGCGCACCUACGCCGCCCUGGUCCGCUUCUGGCUCGAAUCCGUAGCGGGGGACACCGCGCGCGUCGCCGAGUUCUCCGGCGACCUCCUCGCCUUCCACAACGAGUGCGUCGCGCUCCAGAAGCGGGCAGAUGAGUGUCUCCGCCGCGCCGAGGCGGAGGCGAAGGUCGAGGAGCCGCCGGAGCUGAAGUGGACUGAUAUCUUGAGGAGUUUGGAACGCAGUAGUGCGCUGGAUCAGAGGACGUUUACGGAGAAUGAUAUUGUGCCCCAUGCGGCGAAUUCGUACCCGCUUGCGACGCCGAGGGAGGCCGCGAGGUGGAAUAGGAACGAUGAUGGUAGUAUACCUGUGCCCGGGUCGGCGGGCUCGGAGACGGGGAGUAGAGAACGCAGAGAGCGUCAGACGUUUUGGGAGAGUACAUUUGGGAAGGAGAGUUUGCGCAUGCCCCGCCCUCUAGCUGCGGAUGUGUUUGGCGGCUCCCUGGAUAUUGGGGCGAUGGGUGCGUCGCCGCCUACGGAGCGGGGGUUGAGUAGGGAGGGGAAGGGCGGGAAGGGGUUUUUGAGCGGUGUUAGUGGGGUGUUGAGGAAGAAGGGGGGAGGAGAGAAGGAGAGGGAGAAGGAACAGGAGAAACAGCGCGCUAAGGCGGAGAAGGAGGCUGUUAAGGAGGGAGAGAGGGAGAAGGAACGGGAGAAGGAGAGGGAGAGGAAGGAACGGAAUAAAAUUACCCGCGAGAGGAACGGGCAGGGGGAGGAGAAGGGGAGGGAGAAGGAGAAGGGGAAGGGUGCUGCUGAGUGA